AUAAAAGCCAUAAUUUGUGCAGAAAAUGAGGCUAAUUAUAAAUAUUAUUAAUUAUGAUGGUGGUACUUUUGUAAAUAAGUAGAAAGGUAGGGGUUUAAAAUCCAAAAUCAUAGAAUAUGGAGGCGGUUGAUUAAACUGGAAGCAGCACCUGAGCCAUCCCUUUCGCUGGCUCUUAAACCUUUCCCUUUGUCGUCUUCCUCCUUUGGAAAUCGAUUUCUCGCUUCUGCUCUCUUCUGUUCAAACUUCAUAAUAUAAUCUCACGUACAGUUGAAAUAUUCCCCCACAAAUUUAGAAAUUCACAUAUUCUGAUUCAUUUUCUUUCCCUUUUUUCCCUCAGUCCAAACAGCCGACAAAGUGUAAACUUUCAGAAAACUUGCUGUUUAAUAGUACUUACUAUAAUUGUCUUCUGAAAUUGAUUUAAAGCUCGUUUUGAACGAAAAUACUUCCUGUAUAACUUGAGCAUUCGUCAUAAGUUGCCUUUUCUAGUAGUAUAGAAAAAGAACACAGCCAUGGCCACUAAUUCUGCUGACUGUAGAGAGGUUGUUCUCAAAAUGGACGAGAAAGAUGAUCCUGCAGCUCGAAGCUUCCAACCCACAAACGCUGAGAAGAUUUGGAGAGAUUCAAGCUAUGAUUUUUGGAAAGACAAAGAGGAAUAUAAACAGAUUCUAGAAAAUGGGACUGAAGAUUUCGGGUUUGAUUUUUCUCAAAAUAACUUUCCUGAUGCUAGAGAUAAUGCGGCUUCAUCGUCGUCCAUGGAGGAUCCACCCUCGAAGCUGAUUGGUCAGUUUUUACACAAACAAGAAGCUUCCGGUGAUUUUUGCUUGGAUAUGGAUUUGGAGAUGGCCGAACUUCAAAAUGAUGGAGUCGUCUUUCACCGGAGCUUGACGACGGUUUCGGAGUCUCCAACCUCAAUGAACCGAGUCACUUUCGACCCGAACCCACCUGGGUCUGGCGAGGCUGUCAGUAGGAGGCACCAGAAUAAAGAUUCACCGAGCAAGAACAGUACUGGUAGUGCAAGUUGUGGUGGCGUUGAUGGGGAGAUUUUGAAGUGUAGUUCUAGAAACGACGGGAUGUUUUCCAAUAGCGCAUCGUUUAAGAGGAAGUCGCAUUUGUUGAAGGAGAGGACAAAGUCGAGAUUGAUGGACCCACCGCCACAGCCUCCAGAAAAGUCGGAGAGAGUGGUCGGAAGAUCAGGGCAGUCCGGAUUUACAGGGAAAGACAGCGUGAUUGAUGAUGAGGAGGAUGACUCCUUGUUGGAGGAGGAUUUGCCUGAAGAAUACAAGAAAGAUAAACUUGAUAUUUGGAUUCUGCUUGAAUGGGUGAGUUUGAUCUUAAUCAUAGCUGCUCUAGUUUGCACUCUUGUUAUUCCAUAUUGGAGGAAGAAAAAUCUGUGGAAGCUUAGAUUGUGGAAAUGGGAAGUGUUAGUUCUAGUUUUAAUAUGUGGGAGAUUAGUAUCUGGGUGGGCUAUAAGGAUCAUUGUGUUCUUUCUUGAGAGGAAUUUUCUUUUGCGAAAACGGGUUCUAUACUUUGUCUAUGGGAUCAAGAAGGCUGUGCAGAAUUGCUUAUGGUUGGGUCUUGUUUUGAUUGCUUGGCAUUGUUUGUUUGACAAGAAAGUUGAAAGGAAAACCAGGAGUAGAAUUCUUAGAUAUGUGACCAAAGUUUUGGUGUGUUUGGUGGUGGGUACACUGCUGUGGCUUGUCAAGACUCUUGUGGUUAAGGUUCUUGCAUCUUGUUUUCAUGUGAGUACUUACUUUGAUCGAAUUCAAGAGUCUUUAUUUAAUCAAUAUGUGAUUGAAGCACUUUCUGGUCCUCCGUUGAUUGAAAUAAAAAGGAAUGAGGAUGAGGAAGAGAGAAUUGCAGUUGAGAUACUGAAGUUACAGAAUGCAGGUGCUGCUUUGCCUGCUAGCCUCAAGGCAAGUACCUAUCCGUCACCUCUGCGUGGCAAAAUAAUAAGUGGCCGGAUACAGAGAAGCCCUCGACUUAGUUCCCCUAGACUGUCUCAUGCUUUAUCUGAGAAAGCCAAUGAGGAAAAUGAUGGAAUAACAAUUGACCACUUGCACAAAUUGAAUCCUAAAAAUGUUUCUGCUUGGAAUAUGAAGAGGCUGAUGAACAUAAUUCGAUAUGGUACUCUGUCCACAUUGGAUGAACAGAUAAGAGAUACUAGUCAUGAUGAUGAUGAGUCUGCUACAAAGAUUAGAAGCGAAUGUGAAGCAAAAGCUGCAGCAAGGAAAAUAUUCCAGAAUGUGGCCAGGACUGGGUCUAGGUAUAUUUAUCUGGAGGAUAUUAUGCGUUUUAUGCAAGAAGAGGAGGCUUUAAAGGUUAUGAGUCUUUUUGAAGGAACAUCUGAAAGCAAGAAAAUUAGCAAGUCAUGUUUAAAAAAAUGGGUGGUUAAUGCUUUUAGAGAACGGAGAGCACUGGCUUUGACAUUGGAUGACACAAAAACAGCCGUCAAGAAGCUGCAUCGCGUGGUGAACAUUUUAGUUGGGAUCCUUAUAGUUGUUAUUUGGCUUCUUAUACUAGGAAUUGCCACAAGCAAACUUCUCAUCUUCAUAAGCUCCCAACUCGUCCUCGUGGCAUUUGUAUUUGGAAAUACCUGCAAAACAAUAUUUGAAUCUAUUAUCUUCUUGUUUGUGAUUCACCCUUUCGAUGUGGGUGAUCGCUGUGAAAUUGAUGGAGUUCAGAUGAUAGUGGAAGAGAUGAACAUUUUAACUACCGUUUUCCUAAGAUACGACAACCAGAAGAUUAUAAUGACCAACAGUGUUCUUGCUACCAAAGCCAUUAGUAACUAUCAUCGUAGUCCCGAUAUGGGAGAUACUGUUGAGUUCCAUAUUCACAUAGCCACCCCUGCAGAAAAGAUUGCGGCCAUUAAGCAACGGAUAAAUAGUUACAUCGAGAACAACAAGGAGCAUUGGUAUCCUUCAUCUAUGAUCAUAUUCAAGGAUGUGGAUAACCUAAAUAGUGUGAAAAUCGCAGUGUGGUUAACUCAUAGAAUGAACCACCAAGACAUGGGGGAGAGGUUUUCAAGGAGAGCCCUCUUGCUUGAAGAGAUUGUUAAAAUUCUCAAGGAGCUUGACAUUCAGUAUCGCCUGCUUCCUCUUGAUAUUAAUGUUCGUGCAUUGCCUUCUGUCUCGUCGGACCGUGUUCCUCCUAGUUGGAUGAUUUGAGUGGGUGAACACAGAAUAGAAUCAAUUCAUUCUUUGUUCCUUUCGAAAUAGAGGUUUAUGAGAUGAAAAAAAUUCGAAAGUUUACAUUACUUCGUAUAUAUAGCAAAAUCUUAAUCCUUUGAUAAUAAAACCAUAUCUUUUUGUUUC